UCCGACACGAACCCAACCUCAUACGUGUGCGGCAAUCGCAUGUGCCUGAAAAUAAAACCCCAAAGAUGGGUUUUUGCCCUACUGUCUAAAUCACCUUCGCCCCUCGCUGUUUCGGGGGUUUGGAUUCUUUGAUAUUAAACCUACUGGGUUCCUCCAACUCUAUUCCAUUGUUUGAAUUCCUUUUCUUCUUAAGUAUAUUGUAAAGGUUUCGACUUUGAAGAUGCCAUAUAUCGGUAGAUUAGCUAUGUCCCUCGGGAGCAGGUGGUCGGGUGUGUUGAAAUCCAAUGGUGGAUUGCGGUCCCUUUUAGAGUACAAUUCUGCAAAGUCUGUAUCCGAUGUCGGCUUGGAACAUGCAAUCAACAAUCCGGCUAGAUGGUUAUCAACGGUAUCAAAGUCAGGUUUUGCAAGGCAAUCUAUUGCUGAUGCUAACUAUGUGAGAACGGACAUACUUCGAGCUAAUGGAUUCUCAGUUCUAAUGGGAGAACAUGCUAGGAAAUGCAUACAUAGUUUUCAGUCUCCAGUUCAACUCUCUCAAAGCUAUGGAGUGAAUGCCAAAAAUCCUUUCUUUGCGAGAUCUUUCACGUCAAAAACUUCAAAGCAGCAGGAGGAAACUCGAUCAAAGACUAAAAAGGAAAUUUCGACUAUUGAUGAUCCCUUCGAUUCUCCAACAUACAAUAUCCCAGAGAAGCCAGUGACAUUUACUGAGGGAGCUUCCUACAGCCUUAUAAUUCUUGCUGGACUUGGAGUUGCUGCUGCUGCAGGAUAUGGUGUCUUCAAGGAGCUAAUAUUUGAACCAAAAGAGUACAAGGUGUUUAACAAAGCUCUAAAAAGAAUUCAAGAUGACAGUCAGGUCAGGGUAAGAAUUGGAUCCCCUAUCACAGGCUAUGGACAGGAAAGCAGAAAUCGUGCUGCUCGCCAGCGUAUUCCUCAUAAGAUACACCAUGAUGAAGAUGGCGUUGAGCAUGUUGAGGUUAACUUUUAUAUUCGCGGGCCUCAUGGAGCUGGGAAAGUUUAUACUUCAAUGUUCAAGGACCCAGUGGACAAGCAAUGGAAGUUUACUUAUUUGAUUGUGGACAUUUUAUCACCUACCAAAGCACAGUUGAUUCUGGAGUCAUAUUUGCCGGCAUAGACCAUGUGUAUGUUCAUGGGACAGAAGAGAGAAUGUCCUUUUCUUCUGUAAAAAAUUGACAUGGAAUAUUUCCAUGACUCACCCAUCAAUAGUUGUGGGAUAGUUCUUCUACUUCUGAGUUCACAAUCUUUGAAUCCCAAUUUUCGACCAACAGAAGAGGUGAAAUUUUAUUGGCACCCAUCUAAUUUACUUCCUGGAAAAGAUAUUUAGUGAUAGUGUAAUGGUUUAAGCUCUUUUUUGUUUGUUCUUGUGUAAUCAAGGGCAGGCUUUCUGCAAUA